AUGAUCAAGCAACUCAUCUUUCUCGCGGCUCUCGCAGUCGCCAUUCCAUUGGACCAACAGCUGUUCGGAAGGUCUAUUGAUCUGGGCAGCCGGCUCCAUGCUGAGACUCGCGACACCUCCGCAGUCGCGGCAGGCGACCCUGAAGGCAACGGCUUCCAUAGCGGCUACUUCUACUCGUUCUGGUCGGACGGCCGGGGCAGCGUCACCUACAACAACCUCGUGAACGGGACGUACCGCAGCGAAUGGCGAAACGUGGGCAACUGGGUCGGCGGCAAGGGGUGGAACCCCGGCGGAAACAAGACGGUGCAGUACAACGGCACGUGGAACGGUGCCAAUGUCAACUCGUACCUGGCGCUGUACGGGUGGACCAAGAACCCGCUGAUCGAGUACUACAUUGUCGAGAGCUACGGGACGUACAACCCCAGCAGCGGGGCACAACGGAGGGGCACCGUGCAGAGCGACGGCGGCACGUACGACAUCUACCAGACGCAGCGUGUGAACCAGCCCUCGAUUGUGGGACGGGCUACCUUUUACCAGUUUUGGUCCAUUCGCCAGCGGAAGCGUGUUGGCGGACAGAUCACCACGGGCAAUCACUUCGCGGCCUGGACGAGCAGUGGCUUGAAGCUGGGAGCCCACGAUUACAUGAUUAUGGCCACCGAGGGAUACCAGAGCAGCGGGUCGUCGCACAUCACGGUGGGCGAGGUUGGCGUGACCGGAGUCCCGUACCCGAAUGAACCAGACUCGAGGAGGGAUAACAACUGA